AUGGUUCGUGUCCCCAUCAGUAUCACUCCAGACAGAGGAUACUUCAUCUCUGCAGACUGGAUAGACUUACACAAGUACGAGAUGACUUCUGUGUCAGCACUGAGUUUACAUUCCAAGCUCGGCUUCAAGGUCGAGGAGCUGGAGCCAAAAGAGGGUGGGAAGACCACUCAGGGUUCGUCCAUCCCACUCAUUCUGCCAAACGACUUGAAGUAUGAUGCGUCCACCGGUUCAGUCGUGAAGGCACAAGGAGUCCGACGGGAAAGCCUACAUGUCGUUCCGGAGGCCUUGGAGCUACUGGAGAGGAUCGAGGAGCCCGUGAGCGUCAUCUCAAUCUGUGGGCCCUGUCGGACAGGGAAAAGCUACAUCCUCUCCAGGUUACUGGGUACGGCGGAUGCCUUUCAGCUGGGCCAUCUCAUGGACCCCCAGACAUUUGGUAUCUGGAUGGGCACCAAGGUGCUGCGGGGGAAGAGCUUCACUAUCGUGCUACUGGACACAGAAGGCAUAGACGCAGUAGGCUCCAGUGCUUGUCAGGACGCCUCUAUCCUGGUGAUGACCAUCCUUCUGUCGUCCCAUCUCAUCUACAACUCUCUUAAUGUGCCGAACAAGGGGGAUUUGGAGAAGAUGCAGUGCUUCAUUCAACUAGCUAAAGGCUUAACAGUUAAACAAGGAGAGAAGACACAGGUAUCAGCAUUCUGUGAGUUCUUUCCAGACUUCCUGUGGCUGUUGCGUGACUUAUCUCUUAAGAUGCAGGAUAAGGACGGCAAAGACAUGACUCCUACCGAGUACUUGAUAACCAAGGUCCUUGACCGUAAUGAGGAUGAUUUUGAAGAGUCAACAAGUGAAAAAGUAGGACGGGCCAUUCGAACGUUCUUCCCAUCCGUGGAGUGCGCCACCUUGGUGCGGCCUUCUGGUGACACCGAGGUGAUGACCAACAUAGCUCUGCACACAGACAACCUGAACCUAGAAUUUAACAAAGGAGUAGAAAACCUCACCAAGUGGCUGUUGCUGAAGUCACGCGCAAAAAGAGGCUACGAUAAGGCCUCAACUGUUAGUGGUUUGGCCCUCAGCAUCAUGGCUAAACAGUAUGUGGAAGCGGUCAAUGACCCCAACUCCAUCCCUGCCCUGGAUAACACAUGGCAGAACACCAUAGAGCUCAUGGAGAACAGGGCCAUUGAGGAGGCGGUCGCGAAGUACAACCAACAGAUCUCUCUGUCCAGGAACCCUCCCAGCCAGCCUUCCCUCAUGGACCUCCACAGUAAGCUGUUAAAUGAUGUCACAGACACGCUUCUGGAGAAGGUCGGCCAUUUUUGUAUCAGCUCAGAGGAGAAAAAGAUUGUGGUGGACCGAAUGCAAACACGCUUGGUUCAAAGAGAGGAACGUUCAGUUGAUUAUGUGGAAGCCGAUGGUACCAGGAAGCAGGAGGGGUUCGUUGUUACCGGUGGGGAGCUUUUCCACUACAUCCAGCAGAACAAAGAACUCUCAAAGAGCUUCUGCAAGGAUCUCUUUAACCGCUUGUUGAGCCCAAUAAGAAUGCACGUGGAGUCGCCUUCUUCUGACUAUGACUUCGAGAAGUUGAUAGAAGAGCUGGCCGAUGCACGCCAGCAGUACAGCGAGCAGGCCUGUGGCCCAGAGAAGUGGGUGGUUCUGCAGGAGAUGACCCACAACAUACAGACGCUAAAGACCGAAAUCGAGAAGAUCAAGGGGUAUGAAAGCAAGAAAAUGGAAGAACAACAGGAGGCACAUGAGGCAGAGCUCAAGGCUACGAAAAUGGCGAGAGAGAUGCGGCAGCUGCGCAAACAAGCACAUGACCUUCAGCAAACCCAACAGAAAAAUCUACAGAAAAUGGAGCGGCUGCAUAGGGAGCAGAUCAAGAAGAUGAAGCUAGAGUUGGAGGAGCGACUUGAUGGUGAGGUGCAGAAGAUUAAGGACCUCCAGGCAGCAAAGAUGGAGAAACAGGAGAAAAAGGCAAAGGAGCGCUUCGAUAAGGAAUCAUCCAAGACGAGGGAGAUGAUACAGAAGAUGGAGCAGGAACGGGCUGACUUGAGCAGACAGCUGAAGGAAAUGAAGGAUCGAGACAAGAAACAAACAACUCUAGAUCUACAUGAACACAAUCAGCAGCUGCGAAAGCAAGCACAUGACAUGCAGCAAACCCAACAGGAAACUCUACAGAAAAUGGAGCGGCAGUACAGGGAGCAGAUGAUAAAGAUGAAGGAAGAGUUGGAAGAGCAACAUACGAUUAAGCUGCAAGAGAUCCAGUACCUUCAAAAUGCAAAAUUGGAGGAACAGGCGAAAAUGGCAGAGCGUGGCUAA